AUGAAACUGUUCACUACUCUCUGUUGAUCACCAUUAUUAUAAUUAUGCUGUAAUCUUGAACAACACAUCUAUGACUGACUACUACUGCUGCGUCAAUUAAUCUGUGGAAUACUUUUGUCCUUCUUCUUAUUAUAGUUAUUAAUCAGUGAAUCAUUGAACUAAAUUUCCCGCCAAAAAUCAAAUUUAAACAGUAAAACAAAUAAAUCAUUAUGGCUACACAUGAUACACUUUUAACAAAUGCAAACAAUAUAAAUAUUACUGAUCCACAUUCAAUGCUUAAUACUUCAAUCAGUCAAACCAUUGAACAACAUCAAAUGAAUGAUAAGUUGAAUAAUGAAACAUUGAAUUUAAUUAUGAAUGGUACAUGUUCAGUAGCUGCUGCGGCAGCGGUAGCAGCAGCGGCAGCCGCCGCGGCAUCGACUGUUACAUCCUCAGAGUCGUCGUUAUCAUCAGCAUCAUCAGCAGAUGAAUUUCGUCAACAUAUGAAUCGUAUAUCGUUAAAUCAAUUCAUGUCUACAACAGAUGCAUUUACAACAGAUAGUAUGAUUCCAUUUAAUUAUAGUAACAAGAGGAAUAAUAAUAAUACGAGUAAUUCGUGGUUCAUGAAGUCACUGGAGGACGCAUAUGAUACUACUACUAACAACAAUAAUAAUAAUACUCACAACAAUACAAAUAGUAGUCUUUUAAAUGCUAAUCAUAUGGAUAUAUUAGACAAUGAAUCUGUACAUAAUACUACUGAUAAUACUAUGAUAAGUAAUGCAUUUCUUUACUCAUCAUCAAAUCAUUUCAUAAACAGUCAUAUGAAUAGAUAUACGUCAGAUAGGACUACAGAUAUGGAAGGGAAUGAUCUCAAUAAUGCUAAUAAUAAUGACAAUCGUAAAAACUUUAUUUGUAACGUGGAUGAAACCGAAGCUGACGAAGGAGAAGAGGAAGACGAUGAGGAGGAGGAGGCGGUCCCACUGACUGCGGAAGAAUUUCAAGAAGGCAGAGAAGAAGAGAAAGACAGGAGACAGAUGAUGAGUUUACAGUCGAACAGGAAUGUAUGUUUAACACAAAAGGAAAGAAGGUAUUCAUCCAAUGAUGAUGAUAAUGGAUCUAUAUCACCAAAGAUCGAUAAUCCACCCCCACACAUACCCACAUCCUCAUUAUCUCAGCAACACUCUGUCUACAAUCAAUUCUCACAUCACCAUCAUCAUCAUCCCCAGCAUUCAAUGAUGAUGCUUCGCGAUGAAUCACAGAAUGAUGUAAAAAUUAAAGCAGAAAGAGGUUAUGCCGAUGAAAAUGAUGGAGUUGACGGCGGUAAAGUCGAUGACCAUGCUGCUGAUGUUGGUGAUGAUGCUGUCAACAGCUGGAAGAAUAACAGACAUCCAAAGUUAGAAAAUGAAAUAUGUGAUCAAAAAAUCGAUUUUGAAAGCAUAGAUAAUACAAAAGACAAUACUAUUACUACUACUAAUAAUAAUAACAAUGGUAGUAGUAGUAAUAGUAAUAGUAAUCAUAACUCAAUGAUGUCAUUAUCUAAAUCACGUAAUAAUGAAAUAACCUAUUUAAAUCAAGUUAGACAAAGGAAUGAAUAUAAUGAAGGGGAUGUUGGCAAUGAAGAAGGUUUUCAAGAAGACGGAAUAGCUGAGGUCGACGAGGAUGAUGAUGAUGAUGACGGUGUUUGUGAUGAGGGAAAUGUUGAUGAGGUGGAGGGUGACGACGACGACGAAGAAGAAGAAGAAGAGAUGGACGAAGGAGAAGAUGGUGAUGGGGACGAUGAUAUAGAGGAUCUCGGAGAAGAUAUUAGGCAUCGCCAAAGACAACAACAACAGCAACGAGAAAUGCUAUUAGACAAACACCCACCACCUUCUCAUCCUCACCUUCAACAGCAACAACUUAUGGAAAGCGAUUGUUUAAAUCUACUCAAAUAUAAUGGAAGGAAUCAAAUGUUCAAUAUACAGAAUGAUGAUAUGAGUACUGUUACUAAUACUACUACUACCAAUAAUAAUAAUAAUCGAUUAUUAAUGUCACCAACCCAUCAACAUCUGCAACAACAACAUCAUCAUCAACACCCCUCACAUCCUCACCAUACCCACCCACAACCACCACACCACCACCAUCAACAACAACAACACCAUAACAGAUAUAACAAUUUAAUGAUGUGUCAAUCAAACAAAAUUAUUGAUCAUAUGGAAAAUAUAAUUGAUUCUUCACGUGGACAUUCCAAAUUGUUGGAUUCAGCUGGAAUGAAUUAUGGAAUUAGAGGAAAAAAUGAUUCUGAUCUAAUGUCAAGUCCAAUGAAUCUAAAUACUGGUGGUAUGAAUACCAGUCAUAAUAAUAAUAAUAUCAGCAACAGCAACAACAACAACAAUAAUGAUAGUAAUCCUAAUCGUAAAGAAGAUCGUGUUAAACGUCCAAUGAAUGCAUUUAUGGUAUGGUCACGUGGACAACGUCGUCGUAUGGCACAAGAAAAUCCUAAAAUGCAUAAUUCUGAAAUAAGUAAACGUCUUGGUACAAUGUGGAAAAAUUUAUGCGAGUUAGAUAAGAAACCAUUCAUCGAUGAAGCGAAACGUUUAAGAGCCAAUCAUAUGACACAAUAUCCUGAUUAUAAGUAUCGUCCAAGACGUAAACAUAAACCGCUGGAUAAACAAAAAAAGAAUUCAACCAGUUUGCCAUCUUCAAUGAUAAGUGGAUAUUUAGGGAAUAAUACAAUGUCUGGAUCACGUGGACUGCCUACUGGUACUGCAGUUGGUGGUGGAGGAGGUGCUGGAAACGGUGGCGUUGCCGGGGGUGGUGGUGGUAGCGGCGGAGGACCUAUGACGCAUACAAAUCGACCUGUUCCAGAUUUAUUCGAUCCACUCAACUCUCCAUCAUCUCAAUCUCAUCAUCAUCAUUUUAGUCAGCAUAUACACAAACAUGAACAUCACCAUCAUUUACACGGAUUAUUCAAUCCAACUGGGAAUAAUCCACGUCUCCCAACAAAUCAUUCAUAUAUGCCUAAUCAUCAACCCACAGGGUAUUUACCGCAUCCUAUUACUGGUUUAAUGAAUAAUGAGAGUCAGUCUAUGCCAGGAUUAUCUCAGAUACCACAACCUGCAUCAGUUUCAUCUCAUCCACCUCAACAUCAACCAAUUGACUUUCAUUCAUCGCAUCGUUUACAAGAUUAUUUAAAUUCAAAUAUGAUGCCAUAUUAUAAUUAUCCGGGGAGUGAAUUUGAUAGAGAUGCUAAUUUAAAGCAUUCAUUGUUUGGUAUUGAUCCUAUGGGUGCUACUAGAACAACAACGCCAACGCCAACGUUGAGAACAACAACAACGACUCCACCUCGAACAGUGGUUACAACAACAAACACUACCACACCAACAACAACAUCAUCAAAUCAAUAUGAAGAGUAUACAGCAUUUCAUGCGAAUCGACAACUAUCUGGAAGUUAUCGAGAUAAUACUACUAGUGCUACUAUGAUGAAUCAUAUAAGUAGUAAUUACAGUCGAUCCUUAUCAGUUCAAGAUAAUGGUGGUCGACGUAUUUAUGCAUCAGAGCAAAAUUUAACUAAUCAUCAAUUUAAUCCGAAUUUCUUUUUGAAAAGAAGUGAAGAAUCGAUUCGAAGUCCUACUGGUUCUACGACUAGUACUAUUGCAAAUACUCCUAAUAGUAUUACUGGCAGUAAUGGUGGUAGCCAGCGUUCUGUUCCUCCACCACCCUUCCCUUCUUCACAUCCUCAUCCUCAUUCUCAUUCUCACCACCAACACCACCCACACCAUCCACAGCCGAUGAAUCCUCAUAAUAACAACGAGAAUAAUGAGAAUACCAAUUCCCAGUUAGUUCCAGCAGAUAUGUCAAAUCAAUUCUCUGCGGUGGCGGCUGCUGCCCUGGCUGUUGCCGCAGUGAAUGAUACAAACUUUGAGAGUAAAAGCCAUAAAAAUUCAAUCAAGUUUAUACAACAAUUAAAUAAUUCACCAUGGUCAAUGUUACGUAAUGAUAGCCAUAAUAAAUCGAUAACAAAUCAGUCAGUAUUAAAGACAAAUCAAUUUAUUGAAUCAGAUUCAGUGCCGAUUAGACAGAAUGAUAAUAAUCAUAAUAAUUUUAGCUACACAGGAUCGAUGACAUCAUCGUCACCACCACUCCCAACAUCAUCGAUGGUACCUCCACCGUCAACUUCGAAUAAUAAUAAUUCACAUAGUGCGGCAGCUGCUAUGAUGGCAGCUGUCGCAGCGGCUAAUUAUGCAGCAUCUCAACUGGCUUACUAUGGAGCUAAUACCCAGUCAAGCAACAAUAACAACAACGUUGAUAACAAUAACGAGAGUUUAUACUCAGGUCAAUCAAAUAUACCGGGUGGACGUAGUACUAUGGAGUCAUUAUCAUCAAAUUGGAUGAAUAAUAGUACUAAUACUAAUCCACAGAAUGCAUCAUUUAGACCAAUUUCUUCUGGAUGGUCAACAAUUUAUAAUAGAAAUGAUAUAGAACCAUUAGAUGUAUCCAGAAAUGAUGUAAAUCUCUCAUCGAUAACCGCAUCAUCAUCAUCUUCUUCUCCGUAUCCAUCAUCGUGUCCACAGUUGGAUCCAUAUAGUCGAAAUAAUUUAUCUUCACAAUUUCAGAUAAAUCGUAAUUCUGCAUGGUUAGAACGUCUUGAUACCCAUCAGCUGCAACAGCAGCAGCAACAACAACAACUACAUCAUCAGCAAUCAAUACACUUCCAAGGUCAUAGAAUGUUACCUAAUAUCACAGAUUUAGGCGUUAACUCGAAUGAUUCUCCUUCCAAUGUACAAAAAAGUUGAACAUAUAUACAUAUAUAUGUACGUAUAUGUAUAAACAGUAUUACUAUAUUUGCUCUCGUUUCAAACGGAUAUAUAUAUUAUUUCCAUCUUUAUCAUGUUUGUUUAUUAUUCUACAUAAAGAAUUUGUUUAAAUCAAUGAAUUUAACAAUCCUUCAACACUGAACAUAGUAAUUUGAGCGGGCGCGCGCGAUUUCAUUUUUGUUUAAACAAACAAACCAAGGAAAACUGAAUGUGAAAAUUCUAUCUAAUCAAGAAUUUAAUGAAUAUUUCAUUCAUGAAGGUUAAAGCUGACAAAAAAAUGGAGAAAUUUUUUUCCCCUAAUUUCAUUAUACCACAUAUAUACAUACAAAUGAAGCAUUUCCCUUCAACAAUCUGAUGUACAAAUUUUCAAACUGAACAAACUGUAAUAACAAUAAAUAAACAAAUAUUUAUAUUUAUUUAAUUAUUUUGUAAUUUAUUAUCAUUAUUUUUCUCUCUUCUUUGUGUAGUGUCGAGUUCAACACUGGUAUACAAUCACUUCCAGCCUCUCUCCCUUCCUCAAUAACUUACUUACUCAAUCAUUGACUCAUUCACCAGACGUUCAUCAGUAUCACUACUGAUGAUGGCAACAUCUUUAAGCUGACUUCAAAUUUUACUUAAAAUUUUCGAUUUUGCCAGUUCUCAAUUCAUAAUGUGUAAUAUGUAAUCGAAUUGAUAUGAUGUAAUGCGACUACAUUAUGUAACUGGUUGAGACAACAGCAGAGCAAGAAAGCCUUUCUUUAUGGGGCUUGAUUGUCUCUCUCUCUUUCCCCCCUUCCUCUCUCCCUUCGCCUCUUUGUCCUUCUUUUUCUCCCUGCCCCCUUUUUUCAUCAGCCUAAUGUGGAGGAUUCUUCACUGCACAAACGAUUAUCUCCAAGUUCAGUUAUAUCUAUCUAUCUAUCUACCAAUAUUUCACCAAAAUGUAUAAAUAUUAAUGCGUAAAUAUAUUAAAUUAUAUUCCAGUAACAAUAAUAAUCAUCAGAAAAAAUGGGUUAGUAUCCUUUACAAG